AUGCAACGUCCCUCUAGAGGUCGCGCGUCUUCAGACUAUCCGGCGCCUUCAGCUUGGACGUCACGGCCGUCGUCCACGUCCGGCCAUCUCCAGUCAUCUUCUCAUGAGCAGCUGGAGAGGCUACGGACCAGUAACACGGCAUUUCCGUCGAAUAAGAGACGACACGUUCACCAUGUCUCGUUGCCGAACAGCCAACAAGCCUUUGGAUCGACCACGUCGGUCGUCAGUCUCAACCGCCCGCUCUCCCCGUUUGAGGAGCGGUUUCUUGGUCGAACGACACACUCAAGUGCAAUCCUUCUUGCUGAACCCGUCGUAGCCGCGCCGACGGCCGCGGAGAGAUUGCUAAACAGUGUCAAGCGCGCGGUACUUAAGAAGCAGCAGCAGAAUGAAGAUGAAGCGUCGUCCAGAGGUACAAGUCCGUUGACCCCGACCGCGUUAGCAUCACUCUCUCCGACCGCAAGUGGAACGAUGACACCUAUAAAUGGCGCCCCAGUCAAACGUUCACGUUCACUGCAUUCACAGACAAUCAUCACCGCACACCGUUCGCCCUUUGGCGGAUACACCAAGUCGGGGGAUUUUGUCAUGACCAGAACGACAGACGGCAGACGGUUACCUACUCCUCAACCCCACCCACACUCGCUUGCGACCGGGGGUCACAUCAGCAUCCCUGCCCUACCUGUCCAGCCUUCGGCUCUCAAGAAAGGGUCGGGGGUCAGCUUCGAGUCGGGGGAUAGCUAUACCCUCGUUCCAACACCAGACUCGGCCUCGAGUGCGGGGAGCGUCAAUGGGGCGCCGUUGGUCAAAAAAUCCAUGUUUGCCAAGCUCGUCGGCAAAGCCCACCGUAGUAGUUCGAGCAUGGGGAGUGCAAAAGAAGAGGAAUUGCUCAAGACUGCGACCAAAAAGGCGUCCUCCCCAAAAUCCCUGGCUCUCAGAUCCCAGAUUGACAAGCUCCCAGUGGAGCUUGUUCAGGAAAUCUUUCUCUGUGCAGCUGCAGAUCCAGCGUUAAAACCCCUUACGCUGCAAUUACUCCGUUUAUCCAAAUGGGUCAAUGCUCUGCUCCUUCCAGAGCUCUAUCGCAGCGUUUACUUGCACACCGACGCCCAGGCCCAACGGUUCUUGCAAACCAUCACCGUCCGUCCGGCGCUUUGUCGAUACAUUGUCGUCUUUGACGUCCCAGAGGUCAACAUUUUCAAGCGUUCGUGGCCAAGACAGCACGUGGCGGAUCUUGUCCUACCAUACGUUGCCGCGUUGGAUAAGCAGGCGCCAAAGCUACGGACGUUGACAAAGAUAUUCGCCAUUCUCUUCGACGAAACGCCCGCUGUGUCUGCCGACACGCUCCCAACAGAUCCGCACACAGCUACCGAUUCGCAAAGCAAAGGCAAAGGCAAAGCAACGGCUGACGAAUGGGCACUCGUAGAGACGACACCAGCCGCGCGUCGUCUCCGUUCAACUACGAUUCAUGCCCUGACACUCUCACCACCCUUUGAAAUUGACUCGCCGACGACACCAUCAUCCUCUUCCAACUUUGAAACGCUCCGACUUCCCGAAGACGUGACGCUCUCCGGCUUUGGCACAUCUUCGCUCGUGAGAUGGAACUUUAACUCGGUCCAGCGGCUUCGGUUCACUUCGGUGGUCAAUGGCGGAACACUCCGCAUCGAAGAGCUCCUCUUACUUCCCUCACUUACCCACCUUGCUCUUCCUCUCUGGCGUUCGACACUGGAAACAACAAAGGCUCUGCUUGGCUUGGAGAGGUUGAAGCGUCUUGCCCUCUUCGUCUUGUUCGACCCUAUCACCGAAGUGGAGAUGGCCAGAGUCACAACGAGGAGACAUGCAUCUGAGAAUAACGGAGACGAGAUUCCGAGCAGCCCAGUGGCUGUCGCUGGAAGGAUGAUUCAAUGUCGAUGUCAGCAUGGAGGACACGGGCAACCGAGUGGCACUGCCAAUCAAAGCACCGCUGAUCCAUCCAAUGCUGAUCCGCAGGACACAAUUGAGAAUGGCGAUGAAAAUGACGCAGCAACCACCCAAACUCCUGAUGCGAGCACUUCGGCUACACAUUCCAACACACCUGGUCCCAGCGUGGCUGCAACACUGUCAAGCCCUGGUGCGAACACAAGCGCGACAAACGCUGCAUCAACGAGUACCUCGACUAUCGGCGCAAAUCCAAACUCGUCGACGGCGUCCCUCCAGGCCGUCUUCAACGAGUCUGAGGCGCUGCGCAAUAUCGAUGACAGUCGUCUCAUCCUAUUCAACAUUCGCGAGAUGGUGACCAUGUGUCGCGUACCCACUCAACGGUUCUGGGACGAGGUCGAGCUGCGCGCAAGCCAUCUCGCUGCUCAUGUCGUUCUCGGUCAGUUAAGAUCACUGGCUGGGAGGGGCAUCACAGAACUUUAA